UGAGAACACAGACUGCAGGCUGGAUGGUUCUCAGUAGGGACUCUACCAGCGCCAUGGAAUCUGGAGGCUCUCCACUGCUGCCUCGGGUUAUUUUUCUCCAGCAGUAAUGCGCACUCAGUGGUGCUGGAUUUCAGAAAGCCCGCAGACUAUCUGCCACCCAGAAACACGAGUUUCAGAAGAAUUACGCGCAUCAGCCGCAAGUCCAGGCAGUGGUGAAAAAGAGGAUCACGGAAGAACCAGUUCUGCAGGUUUAUUUCAAUAGAUCGUAACUCAAAGUGAGAGAACACAAAUGCACUCGUUUGCUCCACAAAACAAGUAGUUUGUUUUUUUUAAAAGAUAUAUUUUUCACAUGACUAACAAAAGGAAGAUGUCGGAUUUGAUGAAGAAGAGGCUUUACGUGGCUAUGGACGUGAUCUGCGUUCUUGUUGCAUCCCUGCCUUCCAUCAUUUUGACCAUUAGGUUCAAGCCUUAUCAACGGGGGAUUUAUUGUGAUGAUGAGAGCAUCAUGUACCCCCUGAAACCAGACACCAUCACCCAUACCAUGAUGGCAGUUAUCACCAUCUGUUUCACUGUUGUCAUUAUCUCGUCUGGAGAAGCUUAUCUGGUCUACAAAAGAAUGGUUUACUCAAAUUCAAGUUUUAACCAGUAUGUAGCAGCGCUCUACAAGGUGGUGGGAACCUUUUUGUUUGGAGCAACUGUCAGCCAAUCACUCACGGACAUUGCCAAGUUUACAAUCGGCCGCCCAAGGCCUAACUUUAUGGCCGUUUGUGCUCCGAAGGUCUGCACAGGAUACAUGUUGGAAAUCAACUGCACAGGACACUUACAUGAUGUCACAGAGUCAAGAUUAUCGUUUUACUCUGGACACUCCUCCUUUGGAAUGUAUUGUACGCUCUUCCUGGCACUUUACGUGCAGGCCAGACUUGUGGCUAAGUGGGCCAGACUUUUGCGGCCCACUAUCCAGUUCUUCCUGGUGGCCUUCGCCGUGUACGUAGGUUACACCCGAGUCUCUGAUUACAAGCACCAUUGGAGCGACGUGCUGGUGGGGCUGCUGCAAGGAGCUCUGGUGGCCAUUCUCAAUGUUCGCUAUGUGUCGGAUUUCUUUAAGGAGCGCCAUCCACGUUGCCCAAGACCAGAUGCAGCCAACAGCGAGGAGCCGGAGAGCAAACCGAGCCUGCAGAUUGCAGACGCAGAGCAUGGCAACCAUUAUGGAUUCCGCAAUGAUUCUGACGCCUUGUGAAGAGGUCUGUCAGCUUUCUUGGCUUGUGGCCUGCAGACGCCCAAACCUGUGCAAUAGGUUCUGAUGCAGGAGCUCCAACUCCAUUUGUGCAAUCUGCCGCUUUCAGUUCAAGUCUUGAUCCCCGUUUUGGAACUGUAACAUUUUUAUGACUUUAUGAGCUCAUAAGCUCCUUCUGCUCUUUUUCAACCACUCACUCUUCAUCUGCUUCACUGGACUGACUAAAGGGGGGGGGUUCUCUACCCCUGUUAAUAAAAACACAAUGACCUCUGCUUCACUUGUCAGCAAAAAGGGAGUCCUUUGCCUUAGAAUUGUAAUUAAUGAAAUAAUCAUUUUCACAAACCUAAAGUGCAACGUAACAGUAUGGAUAACACAUUGUACCCAACAGAUAAAAAGGAACAAUAUGUGCUUUUUCGCAACCUUGGAAGUGAAAGUCUUUGGUGCUCUUUUUGUUUUUUUGGGGGGCAGAAGAAAAAAGUUAGUUCAUUUGUAUUCCACAACUUUACCAUUUUGUAAGGCAUAUUUUAUUUCAUCAGUUUAAAGGACUCGAAAAAGCAGAUAUAACUCCACAUUUUCAGUGUGAUUAUUUCAUAUCUUAAUUGUUAUAAAUUUAGCUUAUUGAAGUUUGUUUUGAUAUUCUUAAUUUUUUGUAAAUGUUUGACUUCUUUGCAGUGACAGAGAGCAGAAUAUUUUUGUGCACCUUAAACUGCUCACUAGACCAGAUAAAUGUUGCACAAGGUAAAAUGAUCGCUGCAAGCUAAAUAAAGCUUGCUGGAUAUUGUGGUGUGUAUCUGCUCAACCACUGUACCAUGAGACAGGUGGUAAUUUGUCUUAACUUUCACAAAACAAAUAUGAGUAACAGCUUAAUAAACUCCUAGACUAGCUGUACCAAGAAUAAUUUUAAGGAUCAAAGUCUAUUCACCUGUGCUUAUCUGACAUGAAACUACAAACCUGACGAUCAGACAUGCUUUAAGGCAUACAGGCUUUGUUUUUUUUUUUACUCAUGUCAAAUUAUUUAAGUCAUUCCAUUCAUAAAGGGAAACUUGCAUGGUUUAAAAAAACACUGGUAUGUUUCAAGCUUUUGUUUUCUGCCAUAUUUAGCAUAUAGGUUAAAGCUAAUGAAAGCCCUAAGUGUUGGUCCACUGAAAAUGUGUCCACUUACUCUACACUAUAUGAACUAUUUGGUUAGUGUUCCUUUAGCAAGAAUCGCUCAAUCACUGAGACACAGCAUGGAGGUGCUGAAGUGUCCGGUGUCUAAUUCUUCCUCUUUACAGUCUUGCAUGUGUUCUUCAGGUAGGUUUUUACUCGUCAGUUGAGCUUAGUAAUAGAAUUGUCUUCAUAAUGUCAUCAGAAGAAGUUUUUAGUACUUCUAAAAUUAUUUGAGUACAUGCCGAGUCUAAUUGAAAAUUAAUAAAGAGGCAUGAGAUGCUGUAAAAUAUCAGAUGCAGCAGUCUAGAAAUUUCCUUUUUAGCCCAGCUGUGGAGCUUCUGAUAUCUAGUUGCUAUUGUCUUAACACAAGCAAUGUGACAUUUUAAUCCAUCAGUCCAAUUAUAUAAAUGUCCCCCAAACUUUUUAAUAAUUACCUUUAGAAGGUUGUGGUCACACCUGCUGCUGAUGUACCCUAUUUUUUAGCUGUAUUUUUUCAUCUACUUAAUUUUCAUAUAAUAUGUUUAGAUACAGCAAUGAACAGCUUAGAUAAGGAGGGCCAGCUUUUAGCAGUAAGUGACCGCCUUAUUUUUCGGCUGUAUUCCCCAUGGCUGUGCAGGUCACAACAUGACAAAACAAAACUAUGUUGUUUUAAAAGUCUUUUCUUUAUUGGUCUUAAGUUGUAUAUAUUUUUUGAAGAGUUUCUGAUGCUUCAAGUCAUAAUGAAAAUGAACAGGAACACAAGCUUGAAAUAUAUCACUGUGUAAUGUAUCUAUAUAAUAUGAGGCUGACUUUUUGCAUUAAAUCACUAAGUAAGUAAAUUAAAAAAAUUUAAUUUGUAAAAUGAUCUUUAUUCUUUAUUCUCUUAAAAAUAUGCACACUUUAUUAUAUAUCAUUCUCUCUAAUAAAAGGUUAGGAAUAAUAUCCCCUUGUGCUGAUUUUCCUCCUUUGGGAAAAAAAUGGACUGCAGAACUAAAAUAACGGAUGCGGACAGUUUCCAACUUAACACAUCACACUGCUACCACUAUACUACCAAGACAAGGUUUAAAAUUUGACCACCUACUUUAUUUCUGUUUAAUUGUGUUGUUUUAUUUUUAAAAUAGAUAAAGAAGGACAAGACAGCAAUGUUAAAAGCUGUUUAAUUUAUUUUGAAAAUGACAUUUUUAUUCACUUUGUACAAGGUUGGAAAGGCCUGCUUUAAUGAAGUUUUUCUGUGCAAUCACAUCUGCUUGCCACUAUGAGCCACAAAUACUGUAUCUACUAAUACUAUGAGUCUUUAUAAAGGAUGCUUGUUUUUUGUCUGUAUAUAUGUAUGUGUUUCUUUGUGCACCUCUAUGUUGGUAUGAUUUCAUAUCAUCACUUGUGUUUCGACUAAUCAGGCUUGUCUGUUGGUUUUUCCGAGCAGAUUCAGUUCCUAGUCUGUGGCAGUCACCACAGUUACUCUCAUAAUGACUGUUGUUGCAUUGUAGUAAGAAGUUAUUUGCUAAACUUAGCUUUUAAUGCUGGUAACACUAAUGACCAAAUUUUAUGGGGCCAUGAACCCAUCAUCUCCUUUAUUUUUUUGGUUUUUGUUUUGGAAGAGCAGUACUGGAUAGAAAAUAGAUCAGGCAAAUCUUUUACUUCAGAGUUAUUGCACAGCGGAUGGGUAGAUGUCCAAAAUUCCACUUGGGGUUUCUUUCAUGUACACUCUAAUUGGUCUAAUAUCUGAACAGAUUCAAAUCAAAGUGAAUUUAUGAUCUGGAAAGUUGCCUGCUUAACAGGUAUAAAUCAUUUUAGUGAAUCUGUUGAUACAGUGUUUGAA